AUGGCCACCCCUAGUGUUCUCUCCUUUGACGCUGAGGGUUGGGCUGUUGACUUUGAGGUCUCGGUAGAUGAUCUGCAGCUUUUCCUACAGUGCGAUAGGGAAGACGAUCUCUCCCUCUUUGACCUCACCUCUGGUGCCUCCCCUGCCCCUGCUGCUGAUGCUGACGCCACUGUUCGCUCACAGUGGGCCACGCGCGAUGCUGCUGCCCGCCUUGCUGUGCACCGCCACUUACCGACCGCUGAGCGCGCGCAUUUUAGUCAGGACCACUUCCUCUCUGUUUGCCCCACCACUCUCACCGUUGACCUCCUCGAGGAGCGCCUCCUAGCAGCAGAGAAGAGUAUAGUUGCUGUAGGAGCCUCUCGUGGUGACCCUCGUACCCUUGUCUUUGAGGGGUGUUCCCCCUCCCCCCUCUUGCCCUCUGUUGCCUCUACUGCUGCGGCCGACCUCGUUGGUCUUGAGUCGGUCGGCGCGGCGUCUGCCCCUAGCGGGAGACGCCGCUCAGGCAAGGGCAAGGGGGGCAAGGGCGCUGGAGGAGCUGGAGGGGGCGGUGGAGGCGGCGGUGGAGGCGGAGGAGGGGGUGGGGGUGGCGGUGGGAGUGGUGGCGGGGGUGGGGGCGCUAGUGGCGGCAGUGGAGGCGGAGGAGGCGGCGGUGGUGGCGGUGCGGGCGGAGGUGGCGGAGGUGGAGGCGGUGGUGGAGGUAGCGUCGGCGGAGGUGGAGCUGAUCGGGGCGGCGCUACGCAGAGGGUAGGCUCUGGUGGUGGUUAG